UGAGGAGGAAGCCGAGCUCCAGAGACCUCGGAGGGGGGCCGAGGUGCUGGGUCACAGCCCCUCCCGUGUCCACAAGGACAGGAAAGUGAAACCUUCCUCAUUUCAGAUGCGGCCAGGGAAGGCCCCGGAAACUUAGUGUCCUGGCAUCUGCUUGGACGGACGUCCUUGGCAUCAGUCUUUCUUGUCGCCAGAGGUGCCCCCCACUUCCGCAGCCCCUGAAUCCACGCCCUGUGUCUGACUCACACAGCGUCCCGCGGGUGGCAGAGGCUCAGCUGAACAGGAGAGGUCGGGGUGCACGGCUGGCAGCACCAGAGAGCAGGGAUCGAAGAGGAGGCAGUGUGAGCGGCAUGACUUCCCUGCAAGGUCCUUCGGCGGGAGACCCGACUCUGAGUCCCCGGCAGCUGCGGAGAGAGACCUGCCUGCUGUCCGAGGUGCGGUGGGGCGCAAGCCCCAGGGCCUGGCGCGAGUGCUGCCUGAACGCGGCCCGGCACGCAGAGGCCAGCUUCCUGCACAGGCUCACGUUGGGGGGACGUCUGCAAGGCCCGGCCCGCUGCACCAUCACCUGGUUCCUGUCCUGGAGCCCCUGCCGGGAGUGCGCCAGGGCCACCGGGCAGUUCUUGAGGCAGCACCCGAACGUGAGUCUGGUCGUGUACGUCGCGCGGCUCUUCUGGCACGUGGACGAGCAGAACCGGCAAGGACUCAGGGACCUGGUGGCCGCGGGCGCGCGCGUGCAGGUCAUGAGCGACCCAGAGUUCUGCCACUGCUGGAGGAACUUCGUGAACUACCCUCCCGGGCAGGAGGCGCGCUGGCCCCGGUUCCCACCCGUGUGGACCAUGCUGUACACGCUCGAGCUCUGCUGCGUCCUGCUAAAUCUUCCACCCUGUUUAAAGAUUUCAAGAAGAUGUCACAAUCAGCUUGCAUUUUUCCAACUUAAUCUUCAAAAUUGCCAUUACCGAGCGAUCCCACCCGCUGUCCUUUUCGCUGUGGGGCUGAUACACCCUUUUGUGGCGUGGGCCUGAGCAGGUCCCAGAGUGGCGUUGGCGCCUCCUCGGGAGUGAGAGCCCUCUCCAAUCCAGGAUCCGGCGGGGGGAGUGGGCUGGAGGCAGGAGUUGUCCGGCAGGUGCCGGGCUCUGGGUUCAAACCCCAGAAAUGAACAAAAAAGAAAAAAGAGGAGUCUAGAAAAUUUCACAAACAGCGAUAUCACACAUUAUUGUGUGUUCUUUUCUCUGUCUCAAAUUACUCCACAACUUUGCACUUUCAAACAAUACAUAUUUAU